AUGGCAGUAAUCAGCAUGCAGUCAGUCUCUCUCUGUAUCAGUGACCACUGGACGGCAGUAACCAGCAAGUGGUCAGUCUUUCUCUGUAUCAGUGACCACAGGAUGGCAGUAACCAGCCCGUGGUUAGUUUCUUUCUGCAGCAGUGACAACUGGAUGUCAGUAACCAGCAAGUGGUCAGUCUUACUCUAUAUCAGUGACCACAGGACGGCAGUAACCAGCAGGAGUGACCACAGGACGGCAGUAACCAGCAGGCGGUCAGUCUUACUCUAUAUCAGUGACCACAGGACGGCAGUAACCAGCAGGAGGUCAGUCUCUCUCUGUAUCAGUGACCACUGGAUGGCAGAAACCAGCAAGCAGUUAAUCUUUCUCUUUAUCAGUGACCACAGGACGGCAGUAACCAGCAGGCGGUCAGUAUUACUCUAUAUCAGUGACCACAGGACGGCAGUAACCAGCAGGAGGUCAGUCUCUCUCUGUAUCAGUGACCACUGGAUGGCAGAAACCAGCAAGCAGUUAAUCUUUCUCUUUAUCAGUGACCACAGGACGGCAGUAACCAGCAGGCGGUCAGUCUUACUCUAUAUCAGUGACCACAGGACGGCAGUAACCAGCAGGAGGUCAGUCUCUCUCUGUAUCAGUGACCACUGGAUGGCAGAAACCAGCAAGCAGUUAAUCUUUCUCUUUAUCAGUGACCACAGGACGGCAGUAACCAGCAGGCGGUCAGUCUUACUCUAUAUCAGUGACCACAGGACGGCAGUAACCAGCAGGAGGUCAGUCUCUCUCUGUAUCAGUGACCACUGGAUGGCAGAAACCAGCAAGCAGUUAAUCUUUCUCUUUAUCAGUGACCACAGGACGGCAGUAACCAGCAGGCAGCCAGUCUCUCUCUGUCUCAGUGACCACAGGAUGUAG